UUUAAAUCGACAAAAAUGUACCUUUACACGAGAUUUAGCUCCAAAUCCGCAAACACGUGUGUCUCCUCAAUGAAACAAAUAAACGUCUUGGUGUGCCUUUUACUCCACUUUUUUGGAGAAGCGUUUGCCGCAAUAGACAAACUGCAUCAGAUCGAAUUUGAGACGCUCAUUCGCGAAGACACCUUCGAAGGUUUGCACGUGUCCGAAGCAUGUUCGAGUCAAUUGAAUAAGUAUGCAAAAGACUUGUCCAAUAUGCAGACCUGGGCGCUCAAAAUGUUCGACUCGUCGGGUCAGGUUCCAGCGGGAGUGAUCGGAGGUAACUACUACGAGCUGGGAUCGUUUCAACAAUGCCUAAAGAUCGCAGAAGGUUCAGGGAAAGAUACGAUUUUUGGAAAGUACUGCAUGGGGAAACUUACGGUGUCUGUUAAGAACGUGACAGAAAGUGUGAUUAACCUGGGAGUUUGCAUGCCAAGAGCGUGUAAGGCAAAAGAAAUCCAAAGUUAUUAUAAAGAUAUUAAAAUGCUUAUUAACGAAGAUACUUGCCAAACUGAAGAAAAUCAACCCAAGCUGGACUUUAACGCUCAACUCGCUUUGGCGUUCCUGGGACUUUGGGCUUGCUUGAUAGUAAUUUCUACAGUUUACGAUAUGAUCAUGCAAAGUUUAAACAGGGCACCAGCACAUUGGGCUCUCGUUUCCUUUUCGUGCUACACAAACGCAAAGAGGCUUAGUGAUACAACAGUAAACCAAGAGGAUAUCUCGUGUUUGCAUGGACUCCGAGUGAUUUCCGUGAUGUUGGUUAUUAUGGCACAUCACCAGACCCUCAUUAACAAACUACCUAUUCAAAAUGGGAACUUCAUCAAAAAAUUUUUCUACUCGCACGUUUAUCCGAUAGUUUUAGGAGGAAAUAAUGCCAUAACCACAUUGUUUUUUAUGAACGGAUUAAUAUUGUCGUAUAUUUUCAUGGUAAAUUCGAAGCAGAAAGCGAAGUUCAGUUGGGUCGCAUUCUACGUACGUCGAUAUCUUAGCUUAACGCCAACGUUGGGGGUCAUUAUCAUUCUGCAUGCCUUUCUGGUGAGGCAUUUGGGUUCUGGCCCACUGUGGCCUCCUAUCGUUAACAAAUUAUCAGAUCCUUGUACGAAAUAUUGGUGGACGGCUGUAUUCUAUAUCCAAAACUUUAAUUUAGGAAAACCUAUGUGCGUGGAGCAGUCAUGGUUCCUCUCCGUGGAUAUGCAGCUCUACGUGCUCUCACCGUUACUACUGCUGACAUUGUUGAAAAAACCAAAAGCGACAUUAUACGCAACAGGAUGUCUUACACUCUUCUGCAUCGGAUUGAGCUAUCUUUCCACGUUGUUCUUUGGCAAAGACUCGAUUAAUUUGCCGUUUCAUAAGCCCAAGGCGCCGUAUGCUGUCGCCCCGGCGUGGCUAAUGGGAAUUAUUUUGGGCUACUUCGUUUACAACACCAAGAAGUCUGCGAUAGUUUUAAAAAAGGUUCACGUUAUGGUCCUCUGGGCCGUUGCCAUUGCUAUCAUUUUAGCUUGUUCAUGUUUGAGGUUCAGCAAUAGGUCACUGGAAACGGCAUGGGACAGUGCACUGCGUCGCCCUCUAUGGUCGCUAGCACUGGGAUGGGUCGUUUUUGCUUGUCACUUCGGAUAUGGCGGUAUAGUCAAUGGAUUUCUAUCAAGUGCAAAAUUCAGACUACUGUCCAGGAUAUCAUAUAGCGCCUUCAUAUCACAUGUCUUUGUUCAAGCCAUAGCUCUCGAAGUGUUCCAGAUGAUGCCCGUUUGGGACACUGGCUUCAUGUUAAAAACGUUGUGGAUUAAUUAUGUUAUGAUCUUUUUCUUCUCUGUUGCAUUAACGCUGGCAUUUGGAUCUCCAGUAGAUUCAAUUUCAAAUAAAAUAUGGAAGACGCCUACAGGUAAAGUUCGUAGCACAAGGGGGUCAAAAACAAAGUAGCCCGUCGCGGGAGACUGUCCGAUUCUUACCUCUGACUAUUUGCGAAAUCAACACAUUAUACAUGCGUUUAUUAUACCCGAAAUAUGAUUUAAAAAUAAGGGAAAUAAAAUAAAAUCCUAUCGAAUUUAA